CGGGGAAUGGGGCCGCGAAUGGUAACGUGGUGGGCGAGUUACUGGGUGUUGUGUGUCGUCUUUAGUCCUGGUGCGCAGGAGGAUAGUGCGAGUCCGGUUCGGGCCUGGGAUAAGGCCGUAGCGGUCACCUCACUGCCCGUAGUCGAGUUGUUGUCGGUCAGGGCCUAUCGUGAAGCGGAGCCCGGCAGAAUCCAACAACUGCCCAUCGACAUUGUAAAUAUCUGUGGUAUACCAGCUCCCCUGGACUCGAUACAAACCCUUUCUACUGGGAGCAUCUAUUCUAAAACUCAACAACAGCCUUUAUGUGUAAGACGGAUUUAGGACAGGAGCACUGUCUGUCUGUCUUUCACAGGUUUCAAGCAAUUAGAAAAGUUGGCUUUGAAUUUUGGAAGCAGCUUUGUGCAGAACAUGGUAUCAGUCCUGAAGGAAUUGUUGAAGAAUUUGCCACUGAGGGUACUGACAGGAAGGAUGUCUUCUUCUACCAGAUUAUCUUGGGUCUCCAGCAUCUACAGUAUUUUCCUUUCAUUUUGGCAGAUGAUGAGCAUUAUAUCCCAAGGGCUGUUCUACUGGACUUGGAACCUCGUGUGAUUCAUUCAAUCCUAAAUUCACCUUACGCAAACCUGUACAACCCAGAGAAUAUCUACCUGUCAGAGCAUGGAGGAGGUGCAGGCAACAAUUGGGCCAGUGGCUAUUCUCAGGUGGGUAUUGCUUAAAAUGCUAAGAAGACUACAAUCCGGGGCAAUCAAUUAUUUAAGAAAAUGUAAAUGAAAUCAAGUGGAAUCAAAUUUGUGA